AUGAAAACAAUUGCCAUCAUCGGUGCGGGGUGUAGCGGCCUGACAGCGAUAAAGUGUUGUUUAGAUGAGGGACUGACCCCUGUCUGUUUUGAAAGAGAAAAUGACAUCGGUGGAUUGUGGAAUUAUAAAGAAAAUCCAAAAGUGGGGACGGGAAGUGUAUAUCGGUCAUGUGUAAUGAACACAAGUAAAGAAAUGAUGGCAUUUAGUGACUUUCCACCUCCAGAAGAUUUUCCAGUUUUUCUCCCUCAUAAAUAUGUCAAUAAAUAUUUCCAACUUUACGCGGACAAUUUCGAUUUGAGGAAAUAUAUCAACUUCCAAACGGACGUUACUCAAAUAGUCCCGUCUCCGGAUUACGAUCGAUCCGGUUGUUGGGACGUAACCUUUUGUUCAUGCGCUGGAUUUAAUUCCGGAAAAGUGACACGAAGAUUUGAUGGAGUCUUGAUUUGCACUGGACAUCAUACUUUUCCAAUGAUCCCUAAAUUCGAGGGCAAGGAUGACUUUCAAGGAAAGGUACUACAUACUCACGGGUACCGCUCUAACCGGGAUCUGGCAGACAAAAAGGUUCUGGUGGUUGGAAUAGGGAACUCUGGGGCAGAUAUUGCAGUCGACAUAAGCCAUGCGGCCUCACAGGUGUAUCUAAGCACGCGCAGGGGUGCGUGGAUCAUCAACCGGAAGGGGUUCUGGGGACUUCCGGCGGAUGCAAUGGCCAAUAGCAGAUUUGCCUUCAUGCUGCCAAAGAGGGCUCUCCAGUGGGGAGUUGAGAAAAUGUCAAAUUUCAACUUUGAUCACAAGAAGUACGGCAUCAGACCAGCACACAGGGCCUUACAGUCACAUCCCACAAUAAACGAUGAACUUCCUCUUCGUCUUUUAACCGGAUGUAUCAAGAUCAAACCAAAUGUCCGCCAUUUCUCUAACGACAAAGUCACUUUUGAGGACGGGAGUUCUGAAGAGAUCGACACAGUUGUGUUUGCCACUGGUUACAAUUACAGGAUCCCAAUAGUAGACGAAUCCAUUACAAGGGUGAAAGAUAACGAAACCUGUCUCUACAAGUUUAUGUACCCUCCGCACCUUAAACAUCCCACUCUAGGCAUUAUUGGACUUGUCCAGGCUAUCGGAGCCGUGAUGCCAAUAUCGGAAAUACAGUGCCGAUGGUACACUAGGGUCAUAAAGGGACUGUGCAAACUUCCAACGGAGGCAGAAAUGAUGGCAGACAUAGCGCUGAAAAGAGAGACGGUUGCUAGUGGUUACUACACCGCAAAACGUCACACUAUCCAGACUUUCUGGAUAGACUACAUGGAUGAUGUUGCGGAACAAUUUGGCGCGAAACCUAACUUAUGGCGAACAUUUACCGAGGAGCCAUACCUUGCCCUGAACUGUGUGUUCGGUCCAUGCCUUCCCGCUCAGUACCGCUUAGAGGGACCAGGGAAAUGGAACGGCGCCAAAUCCUCAAUCCUUAAUGCCAUGAAACGAUAUAGCGCUUCAAUGAGGACUAAAGUUAUGCCAAAGAAUCAUAACUUGUCUGGAAUUCAAAACACAAACGACAGUUCAGCAUCGACUGAAAAACAAAGCCUUGAUUCGUCGUGUACAGGACCCUGGAACCGUAAAUUUGCCAUGACGACAAACAAGAACGACAACUCACCUCAGAAAACUACUGUAGCCAAUAUUAAUAUUGCUUCUUUCCCAACCUUUUUGAAAUCCUUCUACACACUGUUCAUUGUCAUGUUUUUGUUCUUUUGCAUGUGUCUUGUAUGA